CGUGCUAACAGACGUACAAUUGCCGUUACUAAACCCUUUGGUAGUGAUGAAACUAUCGAUGGUGCAGAACAAUCCACAGCUGCAAUCGCGGUUACUAAAAAACGCGAAGCUAGCGUACAAAAAGUGUCGCCAGUAACCGUAAUUGAUACAAUUGCCAUUGAAAGUGACGAUGACAUGGAUUUAGUAAAGGCGACAGCACAAGCAGAAGCAGUUGAACGUGGUGUACCGGUACGCGGGCGUACCACACGUUCAGUGUCUGUUACUAAGAGCAACAUUCCUGUGCCCGUAGCAGUAGCAGCAGCAGCAGCUAAAAAAGAUGUUGACACUAUCAUCGAAGAACAAGAACAAGUUGAGCCUAUUGUGCGUCAACGUUCAACACGUUCCGUUUCUCUUUCGAAAUCAAGUGUUGUUACUGUUUCCUUUGAUGGUAAUGUACAGCCAAUACAGGAAGAACCAAUUAUGUCAUCAGCGCCAGUUUCACACCAACAUACUGAUGUCUACUCGAAAGUUGAGAAAAAACAAUUUGAGCCAGGAAGCCUAUUUAAGGAACCAACUAACAAAGCCAAACAACAUCAAUACAUUCCAGUUGGAGAUUUGAAAUACUCACAACCUGUGAGCACAACUACCGGCUACGCUUCAAAAUAUGCUUCGCCUUUAAGCCUUGGUUCUGCACAUUUUUUAGGUGGUACUCCGUCGUUAUUGGCAGGAAAAACUAACGCUUAUUAUAAUGAGCAGAGCGAUGAUACAGAUACGGAUGCAUACGACACGCCGUUUUUAAGUAACUUUGCACGUACUUUGGAUCGUUUGAAGUCUCCACAUAUGGAUCGCAUUGGUGGCGGCAAGUACAGUGGUGGUAUGGCGGAAAAUUUAACUCCACGUCCACGUAAGUCACUGGUGCACGACAAACGCAGACGUCCUUCGAUCAUGGCACAACUUGCGGAACUUUUUAGAGCAGUAGAUAGGAAGUACCACAUUCGCCGCAACUUAUUCAUCACGUUUAUUGUUUUGGCGGUUAUUACUUUUAUAUAUAUGUUUUGGCGUUAAUUAAAUAUAAUUUUGUAACGUUAAUUUUACAAUAACCAGUUAAUUUUAUAAUCAGUUAAUUUAAA